AUGGAUUUGUGGGAGCAGAACAUCAAGUUCAUGGUCCAGCAGGUUCUGGUGAUCAUCAAAGCUACAACGGUUAUCAUAGUGAAGAUGGUGAUUUCGUUGCUACGGUCGAUCGAGUUGUCCCUUCUAGCCCCGACCCUCUACACAACAAGUAGGUCUUGGGAUUUUAUAUAUGUACGCGAAUGA